AAACUAAACGCUAUUGGUCGGUGUGUGGGUUAUUGGUUUUACAUGGCCCUGGUAUUUUAGUUCGUCCGUUCGCGGGCUAACUGCGAAUUAGGACAUGGCUUCUGUGGACCGAGGGGAUGUAGGCGAUAUUGACGCACUUCUGAGGGCUGCAGAGAUUCUAGAGAAAAAGUUGUAUUCAAAAGGUGGUUAUGGCACGGCUGACACACUUCGGAAUAUCAACGUGACUCAGUUUCUGGAGUGGUUAAGUACCGGUGACGAAGGUGAUGGUAAUGCCUCUCUGGAUCCUAAAAUUUCUCCAACUAUGCAUGUAGAGCUAGCGAAUCUCAUACAAAUGUCAGGAUGUCAGAAAAUCAGUGACUUACAGACAGUAUUCGGAUCGGCCCGCAAAUUAGUUCCUACCAAACCAACUCCUCUGAGCUAUUCAGAUGGUGAUCCGGUGUUUACAUAUCAUCCUGAUACUUGGAAGCAAUGUACUGCAUCUCAUUUAAGAUCGAAUUCUGCUUCUUCGAAGUUGCCGCAAAGUCACUGUCGUGUCCUCACAGCUGCUACAGGUGCCACUCAAUUAUCAGAACCAUUUUCAGUUGGAGGAAUUGGAACAACAGAUGAACCGGAUGGAUUGUCCAACACAAGUGAUGAUGUUUGUAUGGAUAGUUCAAGUCAAGACAGCUAUUCGGGGAAUACAGCUCCCGUUCGUACGAAUACUGAUGCUAUGCACAUUUUGAACGCAUCCCUUGGUUCUGAAUUUAAUAGCAAUGUGGAUCCUGGAAACAAUAAAUCUCAGUAUUCUAAUUGUCGUUUGAGAUCAGCUCUACUAACACCUUAUUCUCCUGGUUCUGAAAUACAUUCCAUUAACAGUGUUAGGCACUUGAAUCAUUUUUUGAAUAAGGAUCUCUCCACUUCUAACAUAUCUCUUCAACAGAGACCAGUUACCGAAAGUAUUCAACCCGAAAUAUUUUCUAAUAGUACUUCAUCACAACGACUACUGGAAGUUCUUUCUAGGCCAUAUGAAAAUUAUGAUGAUUUAGAUCAACGUAACUCUAAGUUUCGAGCAUCUGAAAGCCCUCAAAGUACUCCAACUGUUCAUCAAACUUCCUGGAGUGCACCUCCGUCUGUCUCAUCCAGUAGUUGUGCUACUCCGGAUAAAGAAUGUUGCGAUAUACCGAAUCAAAGUGAAAUUCCCCAACCAGUUCGUCCAACACGUUUCAGUUGUUCAAGUUUACCCGUAAAGAAACGCAAGUUGGAUUGGAAACAAUCAGAUAAUUGGUUCCCUGAUUUACAGUCAUCUGAUAAGCAUUUAUGUAAAUUUAGGAAAACUCCCAACAUUAAUUCGCCAGAUCUUGUUAGUACUACUGGUUUUAUGACGACACUAAGUCAUGAUAAUCUCACAUACUGUUCAUCGAGUGGGAGUACCCCAGAAAGGCGGAAAUCGGUUGGUGGUAGUAUAUAUGUAUCGGAUAGUACUCAGCAGUCUGUCAUUUCGAAGACUACCAUUCCUCUAUUGAGAACUUGUUCUGUGCCUGUAAACAAUGAACAGCGUAUGAUUCAUUCAUCAAAACUUUUAGAUAAUUUGACACUUUCUAAACAUUUAAUUGAAGAGAAAAAAUCGUCAAUAAAAACACCUUAUCAAAAUCAUUUUUCUGUUCUUACUCGUACACUAACCGGUCCGGAUAAUAUUAAAAGUCAUAUUAACAGUUCAAAACAAUAUUCCUCUGAGUUGACAACAGUGUCAAAUGGUUCGGAUUUUUCAAAAUUAUCAAAAGAUAAUAUUUUUAAUAGUAAUGAUAACAAGAAGAGGAAAUAUGCCACUCUUUCCAGUGUUGAUUGUUGUACUACAACGGUGGGUAGCAACUAUUGUCCCGGUGUUUUUAAUAAUAAUAAUAAUAAUAGUGAUGAAGACUCGUAUAUUUCAAAAAUCAAUCAUUCAACGACAUCUUCCACUAUUCAUUACAAUGCAAGGAAACCGAUAACAGCGGAUUUAUUAUUUCGUUCACCACAUAGUACCCAUAAACAUCGUUCUCAUACCCAGAAUAACAAUGACAAUAGUAGUAAUCAAUUAACACUCUCUAAUGCCUCUGACAAAAUUCAUAAUCGUAAUGAAAUAUUUGAUUAUACAAAUGAAGUUCAUCAACAUCAUUGUUUCUUAAAACUACAAACUGCUAGAACUGUAGAAAUGGAUGUAUCCAAUAUAUAUAAUAAUAAUAAUACUAAUAAAUUAAAUGGAUCCGCACCGGUGGUAGAACGCAAACACAAUGGUCUUAUACAAACUAUACCGCAUAAUGAACAUAACAAUACUGUAUCACAUCAAUUAUCUCACACACUCAAAGAAGAUACUGUUUAUAAUUUUAAUACAAUUUGUCAGAAACAAUCUAGCAAUUCGGACAAUAGUAAUGAUAUCAUAUCAGUUCAAAACAGAAAUAAUCUUGUUAAUAAUUAUCAACAAUUAUCAUCUGUUAUUAGUCAGUCAACAAUGCUUCCUGAAUAUGCUGUUACUACUACCUCUAAUCCAACAACAACUACUGAUGUUAUUAGUCAUAAUCUUAAUACUUAUAUUGAUUCAAGCAUCAAAAGUGAGUGUACACGUGUUUCUGUAAAUUCCAGUCCUAUGAAAUCAAUUAUGCCAGAAUCUACAAUCAAUAAAUCACCUACGGAACAGUUGAAAUAUUCACAUGGAAAUUUACCUAAUGGUGCUACCACAUUAUCACCAUCAUCAUCGUCUGUGUUAGCGAAUCAAAUGAAUGUCAACGGUGCACAUGUUAUUAUGAUGCUUUCUCCAUCUAUCACAAUCCCGACAUCUGUUCAUUCAUCGUCAGCUAAUCAGAUUAGUACAUCAUCAUCAUCAUUUUCAAAUGUUCAACAAUCUUCUUCCAAUUAUAAUAACAAUAAUAAUUCUAAAAUCAUACCACAUUCAUCUAAUUGUUCUCAAACUUAUACUACCCCCGCCAUCACUACAUCAAACUUUGUAAGUAGUAGUAGUGGCACGUCAUCUUUCCCCUUACUUUUAAUCUCUGCUUCUUCAUCGGCCAGUGCGGUUGCAUUAGCUGAGGCUGCUGCUUUAGCCACAGGAGUACCGUCGACAAGUUUUGUACCCGUUCCUGUACAAGUCACUACCUAUGUCCCUCCACCAUCAUCAACAACAAUCACAACAACACGAUCAAUAAAAAAUGAAGAGCAUAAUGACAAAUUAAAUAAUCAAUGUAAAAUUUCCAAUUCAUUGAAUAAUGAAAUUAACACCAUUUCAAAUCAACAUUUUAUUCUGUCAGUCAUGGUGACUGAUAAUCAUGUUCAUAACGAUGAUAAUAAUAAUAAUAAUGGCAAUGGUGAUAAUCAGAAAUCAUUUUCAGUUCAAAGAAAAAUCCCUUUUGUCUUAAGUACACCUAGCUUCCAUUCAAAUGUCAAUAAUAUUCAAAAUGAUAGAAAUAUCAUUAUUGAUGGUAAACAACAUCAUUCCACUCCAUCAGUAUUAAAAGAUAUUUCAUUGACUAACACAUCUGAUGAUAACGUUUAUGAUAGUAAAUUGACCCAUCAAGCUGUAUAAUGUAGCUGAUGAUGAUAAAAACUGAGGGGGAUAGGCAGCAUGAAAAUAGAAAGUGUCACUUAAUUGAUAAAGGAAAUGACAAAUACAAUCUCUAUACUUGUAAACUGAAAAUAUGCCUCUAUCCCUACUACCAUUACUAUUGCUUUUGUUGCUACACAUAGCACAGUAGUAUUCAAAUAAAGGUCUCUUUAUACUUAUCAGUGUAUUCCCUCGAUCUUCUCAUUAACUAUUACUUCAACCAAGUGAUUCGUUCACCUGAAAUAAUUCUCUUUUGAUCAUUACUUUUUUUAGUUUUCCUUCUAUAUUUAUUCCAUUUAUCGUCAAAGUAAUCUCUUUUUUAUGUUGAUGUGUACGUGUGUUCAUGUUUAAAUGUUCCUACCAUCAACUGUCACAUUUCUUCUAAACAAAUAAGAUCUACGCUUUUUUAUUAUUAGGUGUCGAAUAAUUACUAAUAGGCUAUCAGAUCACGUUAAUUAUCUUAUACAUUUUUCAGUUUUUAUCGUUUUCUUGUUUUUACAAAUUAUUUGUAUAUUUAGGUUCCAUUAAAAAUCUAUCAUCAUGGCAACUAUUAUCAUUAGUGUUAUUAUCAUUUUUAUGUGACCUCUCCCUCACUACGCGCCUAUACACACAUCCAUCGUACGUUUGCUAUUCUCUCACCACCAUCACUCUUGCUGUGUUGUUUCCUUCCUUAAAUACAUGUAAACGGAAUAUACCUAUUGAGACAAAAUAGGGAAGAUAUAUAUGUGCUAAACUAUGUGUUAUCACUGUGUGCACUAUUUUCUGGUAUAUAUCCAGUCUUAGUUUACACAGUAUCAAUAUGUUACGUGUAAACACAAAAUCCCCUUCUUUGCUGUCUUUUCUCUCCAUCACUAGUUAAUAAGAAAAAGUGAAAUGAUCUUUUGAACAAUUGAACAAUCCCACCGUGUUUCUGUUUCCUUUCUUUCUAAUUCGUUUAUUUCUGGUUUCUUAUCUGAUUUUUCAACAUACCAUGUUUUACAAUUCAUUGGGAAGAUGGGCAAUUAUAUAAUAUUAUCAUAAUCACUUUUUCAUGUGUUUGUUUUUUGAAUUAUUCCUUACUGGAUUAUUACUACUCUGUGAUGGGCGCGGGAACUUCGAGCGAUACAAUUGUUAUACCAAAGCAAAAUGUAUUAAACAUAUUGAAGAGACUAUGCUUCAAGGAAAUGAAAUUGCAUUUCUCCCUCUCUUUCCUGUUCAUCGUCAUCAACGCUAGACAUCUAAAAACAAUAUCAUAUCAUCCGGUUCACAUAUUAGGCUCAUAUUGUUAUCCAAUCUAUAUCAUAAUGUUUGAUUCUUUUAUCUCCUUCCUGUUCUCGCCCCCACUCUCCAACUCAAAUCACAUGAGCUAACCUUGGUGUCUAUUGUAGACACCAGCUAGUUGUCAGUGUUGAGAUACUGUUUGUCUCUUCUCCUACUAAUUAUUUCAUAAAUGAUUAAUUGCCAUUUUGUUAUAUUUUUUCAAUAAGGGAAUUUAUUCCUAUUUCUACAUUUAUGUGUAACAUCACUCAAUUUUUCUUAUUAAAGAAAUACAAAAUAAGACUUUUCAAGUCCAUCAUAUUUACUGCCACCACUCUCCACUCACUCAUCUACUUGUGUUAACACAAAAGGGGAAAAAUUCUAAUUCUCGAAAAAAUAUACAGGUAGGUAAAAUGGUCUGGAAUGCGGCGUUUAUUACGUGUUAUUAUUGUUUAUUCUUGCUGACGUUAUUUAUCAUCAAUCUACUUGUUCUUUUACCAAAUACUCUACUCUUCUUGCCUUUUUUUGUUCACUACUUGUUGCGAUUCCGCGGUAGUUUUCCUCAAACUUCUUUAUUUGUUGUCUGUUCCUCAUCUUUAUGUGUAUGUAUGCGUGUGGGUACUUUCACUCACAUUUGUGUAUGUUUAUCUGUUUGGUGAUUUUUUUAACCAUAAAUUGACGAUUACGAUGGUAUUAACGAUUUCGGAUAAUUCUUCAUUUUCUCCUCUUCAUAUUUUUGUCAAAUGUGUUAAUGCUUUUGUGUGUGUAAGUAUGAAUAAAAUAUAAAUUAUCUUUGAAUACAGUAAUAUUUGUGUU